AUACAAGAAAAGGAAUCAGCAUGCUUGUCCAGUUCAUGAAUUCACAGGUAAGUUCAAAGGGGAAACUGUUCGAUUCAAAGUCACCUCAGUAUGUGGUCAUGUUAUGAGUAUUGACUUUGAGGGUAAAUAUAAUAACUGGGAGAAAGUGGAUCCAGGAGAAUUGUUUUCUGCUCCGACAAUUAAGAAAGAAGCAAAUCCGAAACUAAACAUCAUUAAAUUUUUGGAGAAGGAAGCGCGAGAUGCAGACUACAUUGUGUUGUGGUUGGAUUGCGACAGAGAGGGCGAAAAUAUUUGCUUUGAGGUUUUGGACAUUGUGUUGCCUGUUAUGAGACGUUCGGGUAACAGACAGGACGUUGUAUUUCGUGCCCACUUUAGUGCAAUCACUGAUAAAGACAUAAACGCUGCAUUGAAUUCUGUUGGAAAACCAAAUGAAAACGAAUCGCAAUGUGUAGACGCACGGCAAGAUCUGGAUUUACGACUCGGUUGUGCUUUCACAAGGUUUCAAACUAAAUAUUUUCAGGGAAAAUAUGGUGACCUGGACAGUUCCCUUAUAUCAUACGGUCCAUGCCAAACCCCAACAUUGGGGUUUUGUGUAGACAGACAUGACAAGAUUCAAUCUUUUAAACCUGAACCUUUUUGGAUGAUUGAUGUCUCAGUUAAAUGCCCUAAUAAUGGACCAUCAAUAACAUUGGAAUGGGCGAGGGGGAGGAUUUUUGAACAACCUGUUGCAAAAAUGUAUUUAAGCAUAAUCAAAGAAAACAAAAUUGCCGUUAUUGAAAAUAUCUUAAAGAAAGAGAAAACUAAACAAAGGCCACAAGCUUUAAACACAGUUGAGAUGUUAAGAGUAGCAAGUGCUUCUCUUGGUAUUGGACCACAACAAGCUAUGCAGUCAGCCGAGCACUUAUACACGCGUGGCUACAUCAGUUACCCUCGUACCGAAACCACUCAUUAUCCAGAAAAUUUUGACUUCCGGAGUUCCCUCUCGCAACAGACGAAGAGUAGAUCAUGGGGUGACUCAGCAUCCACGCUCCUCAGUCAGGGAAUCACGAAACCAAGGAAGGGAUCGGAUGCCGGAGAUCAUCCUCCUAUUACUCCCAUGUUAUGUGCUACAGAACAGGAAGUUGGUCAUGACAAUUGGAGGUUAUAUGAAUAUAUCGUACGUCACUUUAUUGCUUCUCUAAGUCCUGAUUGCACUUACCUUCAUACUGUGAUUAACUUCAAACUUGCUGAAGAAUCAUUUUCGUGCACAGGGAACUCACCCCUCAAACCUGGGUUUACUGAGGUGAUGCCGUGGCAUUCCAUAAAUGACCAACAAACAUUACCCACCCUUACUGAGGGGGGCAAGUGUGAGGUGGAAAAAACAAAUUUACUUGAACGUAAAACUUCUCCCCCUGAUUACUUGACAGAAAGUGAGUUAAUCAUGCUAAUGGAGAAGCAUGGGAUAGGAACAGAUGCCAGCAUCCCAACACAUAUAAAUAACAUUGGGCAACGGAAUUAUGUAACUGUUAUUUCAGGACGAAAACUACAACCUACUAACUUGGGUAUAAUGUUAGUUCAUGGCUACAAGAAAAUUGAUCCUGAUCUGGCGCUGCCAACCAUGCGUUCUGCUGUGGAAAAACAACUCAACCUAAUUGCAUUGGGUAAGGCAAAGUACACAGAUGUUUUGAAACAUGCUGUGACAAUAUUCCAACAGAAAUUUCACUACUUUGUUGCUCACGUUACAAGCAUGGAUUCAUUAUUUGAAGUCACAUUUACACCACUUUCUGAAAGUGGUAAGCCUAUGUCUCGUUGUGGCAAAUGUAGAAGGUUUAUGAAAUACAUCUCCGCUGCCCCACCAAGGCUAUACUGCAAUACAUGUGAUGAAACUUACGACCUACCACCAAAAACCAACGUCAAAUUAUACAAAGAACUUAAAUGUCCUUUGGAUGAAUUUGAACUGCUAGUGUGCUCAACAGGCACCAAUGGUAAAACAUACACAUUAUGCCCAUACUGUUAUAACCACCCACCAUUUCGCGAUAUGAAGAAGGCAUCUGGUUGUAACUCGUGCACACACCCGGGUUGUGAGCAUUCACUUUCCUCGUUAGGCGUUUCUCCAUGCAUGACAUGCGAAACCGGUAUAUUGGUCCUUGACCCUACCUCGAGUCCAAAGUGGAAACUCGCAUGUAAUGAUAACAGAUGUCCUACUGUGGUGACACUCUUUCAGCAUGCACAUAGGAUAGGUGUCACUGAAGAAACAUGUGAAAAGUGUAGUGCAUAUGAACUUGCUGUUGAUUUUCACAAAGACAAAACACCCCUGGAAAAUAAAGAAACUAAACAUAAGGGUUGUAUAUUUUGCGACCAAAUUUUUUCGAGUCUUAUUAAGUUGAAACAUGCAAGGCUGGCAGUGAAGAGGAGACCGGCAUCAAAAGGAAGGGGAAGGGGGAGAGGGAGGGGAAAGAAGCCACCCAAAGAUAAAAUGUCUCAACUCGCUGCAUAUUUUGUAUGAUUUAUUCAGCAAUAAAAUAUUCCAUGAAAUUGA